AUGGCAGCCUCCACUAAAGAAAAUGUGAAAAUAAAUAAACAGGAAAGAAAGCUGAUAAAAAAGCAAAAUAAAGCAAAAUAUAUUUUAUUGAAACAUGAAGGUAUUGGUACAUCUGACAAUCCUACACAGAUUUUAUGCAUUAAUAAUGGUGGACUGGAUGCUGGUAUGACUUACCACAGAAUCAAGGAACUCUUCAGUCCACAUGGAACAGUGGAAGAUGUCAUCAUGUUAUCCCAGAAACCCUACUGCUUUGUGUGUUUCUCAAGCAUUUAUGAGGCUGAGGCAGCGUACAAGGCUCUCAAUGGGUGUCAAGUUGAUGGAAGUCUUCACUCACAACAAAGUCGAUUUUAUAUUUCUUUUGUUAAUCAAGUGCCUGCUGAUAUUGGGCCAUCAUCUUCACUUCCUCCAGGCUUGAUACUGAUAGAAGAUUUUGUAACUCCGGAAUAUGAGCAGAAACUACUCCAGUUUCUGAACUGGGAUGAGGAACCUAAUAUGGGUCAGAAAUGUCUGAAGCAUCGUAAUGUCCAGCACUUUGGUUAUGAGUUCAAGUAUGGAAUAAACAAUGUGGACCCCAAGGAACCAUUAUCGCAUGGUAUUCCUGUCGAAUGUCAAGAACUGCUGAAUCGUGUGCUAGAGAUGGGGGUUGUGUAUCACUUCCCUGAUCAGCUGACCAUCAACCAGUAUGCUCCAGGCCAAGGUAUUCCUCCUCAUGUUGACACACCGUCUGCUUUUGAAGAUGGGAUAAUGUCUCUCAGUCUGGGAUCACAGACUGUGAUGGAUUUCCGCCAUCCAGAUGGGCGACAUCUGUCUGUGUUGCUGCCUGCACGCAGCCUGCUCGUAAUGACUGGCGAGUCUCGGUACACCUGGUCACAUGGCAUCACACCCAGGAAGUCGGACAUCACUCCAACCGGAGAUGGGAACUUGACUCUACUUAAACGUGGAGUUCGGACUUCUUUUACAUUCAGAAAAUUAAAGAUUUUAAAAGAUCAAGAUGUUGAAAACUUAAAAGAAGACUCCAAAGGCCAAUCAUGCCCAGACAUUCCCCAUUCUGAAGAAGAAGCCAUAAAACUGGAACAGCUACAUGUACAUGAGGUGUAUGAUGAAAUAGCUGAUCACUUCAGUGGGACACGCUAUAAGGCCUGGCCCAAGGUGGCUGACUUUGUUACUUCUGUUCCGGCUGGGUCCCUUCUGGCAGACAUUGGUUGUGGAAAUGGAAAAUACCUCGGACUCAACAAAUCUAUUUUCGCAAUUGGAUCUGACCGAAGUUCGAGUUUGUCAUCAAUCUGUCAAGAGCGUCAGUUCCAAGUGUUUGUAGGAGAUGUGAUGUCACUGCCCAUCAGAUCCAACACAUUUGAUGUCUGUCUUUGUAUCGCUGUAAUACACCACUUAUCCACUGAGGAACGAAGAAGAAAAGCCAUCUCAGAACUUGUUCGAAUCCUUCGUUAUGGUGGCCAGGUACUUAUAUAUGUGUGGGCCAUGGAACAGAAGCAGGACAAAGUCAAAUCCAAAUACCUCAAAGAUUCCAAGGUGCAGAAACAAGUUAAUAACCCAAAUAAAGAAUUCUGUGAUGAAAACCAAAACAAACCCAGUGAACAUCAAGAUAUUAUGACAACUCCACUUCAAGCUACAAAUGCAAAAGUAUAUACCGAAACAGUAGAAAGUGCUGAUAAUGCACCAGUAGCAGAUUGUAAGUCAGCAACAAUUCCUUCACCUGUGGCAGCAAGUGGACCUCAGGUAACACAGUGUGGCAUCAACUACCUGAAGUAUCUACAUGAAGUGGCUGAGAAUGAGAACAAUGAGAAUCUAGCUUGUGCCUCAUCUAUGCAAGCUGCUUCCAAUUCAGAUCCUCAGCCAACUUGCCAGAAUUCAGACAGAUCACAAGAUGAUGCAUCUGCUGAAAUGUGUAACUCAGUUAGUCAUCUGAGAAAUGACAAUCCAUGUGGUAUGGAUGAAAAGAAAAUGGACACGCAAUGCUUGCCAGCUACUGAAGUUGUAAUGUCCAUGUCAGAUCAGAACCAGAAAUGUUCUACACAUAACAUUUCUAGUCACGGUAUUACUGACACCAGUAAAACUUGCCAUCAGAUCUCUUCAGAAAAUGUCACUGCAGAUGCUGGUACAUCAAAGAAACAAGCUGCAGAAUCUCAAAUGAACAAUGCUGCACAGAAUUGCAGUACUAAGCUUCCAGUGCAUGUGAACAGAACCCCAUUCAAACAACAGGACAUGCUUGUCCCAUGGCAACUCAAGGGAAACAGCAACUCCAAUACAAAGUCCGGUUCCACAUUUCACAGAUUUUACCAUGUGUUUAAGGAAGGAGAGUUGGAAGGGUUGUGUGCAGCAGUAAAAGAAUGUAGGGUUGUUAAAAGUUAUUAUGACCAAGGCAACUGGUGUAUUAUUCUUGAAAAAACAAUGUGAAGAAUAAUACGUCUUCAAAACUGAAUACAGAGCUAGCUCUGGCACUCGCUAAAUUCGCCAAUUGUGAAUUUUAAAAACAAUUGGCAAAUUUUAUUUUAAAUUGGCGAAAUAAGUUUCCUAUAUUUUAUUAAAAAAUAACAGAUUUUCUGCCA